AUGACACCUUGCUCUGAUGAUGUUCGUCAAAUGACGAACGAAAGCUUAGCACCAUUUCACCGGAAUCUAAUGAGAUUGUCUCGGCAACAGCGUCAGCAUGAAUCUUCCAGGAAUCCGCUGUCGUCUUCUGGUGCAACCGACCGUCGUGUUAAGGUCAAACGACUGCAGUACAACAGGAUUCAUUCGUCCCAUUCUGGUGAGAUCGACCUAUGA